CGCGUCAAUUUCGACUGCGGCUCCACUGAUUGGACGUCGUUCGUCACGUGCUCAUUCUGAAGAUGGCGUCUCCGAAUGGAGGUGACGACUUUGAGUCGUCUUUGCUGAGUUUUGAGAAGUUGGACAGAGCGUCACCAGACCUGUGGCCCGAACAGCUGCCCGGAGUUGCAGAAUUUGCAGCAUCUUGUAAAAACCCCAUCACUAAUUCACCUCCCAAGUGGAUGGCUGAACUAGAGAGUGAGGACAUCGAAAUGUUGAAAGAGCUGGGGAGUCUGACCACAGCAAACCUGAUGGAGAAGGUCAAAGGUCUUCAGAACCUCGCUUACCAGCUGGGCUUAGAGGAGUCAAGGGAAAUGACCAGGGGCAAAUUCCUGAACAUCUUGGAGAGACCCAAGAAGUGAGAAAACGGUUUUGUGACGAGAGAUUUUUGUGAUUUCAAACAGAAUCUGAUCUAUGUGUGUUUUGCAAUAUAGUCUGAAAAUGUUCAGACCUUCACGACAAAGACUUUCAAAUGUUGAGCUGCAGCUAAAUGCUGAGGACGUUUCUCUCCAAACUCCUCAGUGCACUUGUUGUCCUCUAGAUAGUUGCCUUUGCUUGUAUGGAAACUUCAAAUGAUUUACUACUCUUCACAGAAUUCCUCCUUGACUGAGUUAAAUGUUCUCUAUUUAUUCUUAUUUCUAUUUUAAACAUGAUUUCCUUUUGUUUUCUUUUUUUUGCAAGUUGUGAGGUUGUUUAAUAAAGUUUUAAAAUGAAAA